ACGCUCUCACUGAUGCUUUCACGUCCACUCCGUCAUUAGUCCCCGAGCCGGAGCCUGCGGUGGACGUAGAUGCCAGCCCGGCUGCUGUGCCUGCCGCGCCACCGUCCGAAGGCGACACCGUCCCCCCAGCGUCAGACGCAGAUACUGACCACGACGAAUACGACUCCUACCUCACGAAAUGGCGCGCCGAAUCCGCCGAGCAACGGGAGAAAGCAGAGAAGGAACGCGCCAGAUGGGAGGACAUCCGUGCGGCAGAGAAGCAAGAGGGGUCUUCUAGGCAGGGCCAAAGUGUCGUGAACGACGGCUGGGAGUCAGUAGGACAGCUCGGACAGAGCUCCGUCUCCUCUCCUAGUCCCGCUGAUGUCCGAGACCUGGUCACUGGAGAAGCCCAGGGAACCAACGUGGACUCGAUAAGCACCCCUCCGUCUAUGCCGGACACCGGAGACGAUUCGCAGAAGUGGGAAAACGUGUCGUCCGGGCUCGACUCAUCGUAUCCCUCGCUGUCGUUCCCGGAUACCGCUUCCCCGCCUGUUACGACUCCUCCAAAACCCGUCGAAUCAGCAACGCUGGCAGUGUUCGAUCCUUCGCUCUCGACCCGGACCCGCGUGACGGCCCUUUUCUCCGCUCUGGCCAUCAACCUGCUGCUGCCGUUCGUGAACGGCGUCAUGCUCGGAUUCGGGGAAAUAUUCGCCAAGAACAUCGUUCUGGAAUAUUUCGGCUGGCGGCCUCUCGGACGGCCAGGAUCGACAGCUGCAUCGGCGGGCAUUAGAGCUGGCUUGCGUCGAUCGGACAAGAAAUAAUCCAUCUUCUGACGUAGCUAUUAUUGUACCAUCUUUACUUCUCUCAUACAUCACAGGCGAACAUUCGGAGGCAGACUCCUCAUGGCCUGUCGGACCCCGAGAUCGCCCAGGACAUCUUCCGCUAGAUACCCCGCUGUGAAUCCCUCGUCGAGCAAUGCAUGUAACAUCAUGCUU